UUUCUUUACAAAACAAACAUAAAGAAUCAGCAAAGCAAAAUUCGAAGAGACACAAAAAAACCUUCGUUUGUGUCUCAGAAUUUACAAAGUUUUGAGUCAGUAGAGAAAUGGCGGGAAUCGUGACAGAGCCGUGGUCAGUAGCUGAGAACGGAAACCCAAGCAUAACGGCGAAAGGAUCGAGCAGAGAACUAAGACUUGGAAGAACCGCUCACAACAUGUCUUCUUCUUCUUUGAGGAAAAAAUCAGACCUCCGAGUGAUUCAGAAGGUUCCAUACAAAGGUCUUAAAGAUUUUCUCUCUAAUCUCCAAGAAGUCAUUCUCGGAACAAAGCUUGCCAUUCUUUUUCCGGCCAUUCCUGCCGCCAUUAUUUGCACCUAUUGUGGCGUCAGUCAGCCUUGGAUAUUUGGACUUAGCUUGCUAGGACUGACACCUUUGGCUGAGCGAGUCAGCUUUUUGACAGAGCAACUAGCUUUCUACACCGGUCCUACAUUGGGUGGUCUAUUGAACGCAACGUGUGGAAACGCGACUGAAUUGAUAAUCGCGAUUCUUGCUUUGACCAAUAACAAAGUCGCAGUGGUGAAAUAUUCGCUGCUAGGUUCGAUUUUGUCGAACCUUUUAUUGGUUCUAGGGACUUCACUCUUCUGUGGAGGAAUCGCUAAUAUCCGAAGGGAACAGCGGUUCGACCGGAAACAAGCCGAUGUGAACUUCUUCUUACUUCUACUGGGUUUCUUGUGUCACUUGCUGCCAUUGUUGGUGGGAUACUUGAAAAACGGAGAGGCUUCGGCUGCUGUUUUGUCCGACAUGCAACUGAGUAUAUCGCGAGGCUUCAGUAUUGUUAUGUUGAUCAGCUACAUUGCAUAUCUUGUUUUCCAACUGUGGACUCACCGCCAAUUGUUCGAUGCACAAGAACAGGAAGAUGAGUAUGAUGACGAUGUGGAGCAAGAAACCGCGGUGAUUAGUUUUUGGAGCGGUUUUGCAUGGUUGGUUGGGAUGACACUCGUUAUCGCAUUGCUAUCGGAGUAUGUUGUAGCCACGAUUGAGGAAGCAUCGGAUAAAUGGAACUUAUCAGUGAGUUUCAUAAGCAUCAUAUUGCUUCCUAUUGUUGGAAAUGCAGCUGAACAUGCUGGAGCCGUUAUUUUUGCCUUUAAGAACAAGCUUGACAUAUCUUUGGGAGUUGCGUUAGGCUCUGCGACUCAGAUUGGCUUAUUCGUUGUCCCCUUGACCAUCAUCGUGGCGUGGAUUUUGGGAAUUAAUAUGGAUCUCAAUUUUGGUCCCCUCGAAACUGGCUGUCUUGCUGUUUCCAUAAUCAUCACAGCGUUCACAUUACAGGAUGGGAGUUCUCACUACAUGAAGGGACUGGUCCUCUUGCUUUGCUAUUUCAUUAUUGCCAUCUGUUUCUUCGUCGACAAACUUCCCCAGAGUGAGUUAGUUUUCAAAUGUAUAUGCAUGCUAUUAUUAGGGAAAACAAUAAUUGAGGCAUACAACACCCAUAUAUCAAAUGGAAAUGCUUCAUCAAAUAAAGUUAAAACGGGUUAAAUAGGUUCCCCCAAUUAUAUUUAUUUAUUAACUAAGUUUUAACAUAAAUAAAUGCUUUUCUUUAUGACGAGUCUCUUUACUAAUUUUUGAGUAAUAUCUUAAUAACUAAAGUAAAAUAGUAAUAAAACUUAUAUUUUAUUUUUUUAAUUCAAAAACAAACAAAAAUUAUAAUUUUACUGUCAAAAACUGCAUAACUGUUGCUUCCGCCAAAACCGAAAAAUAACAUUUUCCGUUUAAACUGCGAAAUUCUGUUUUAUGUGAUUGUAACUUUUAUUGAAAAGUUUGUGAAACUACAUAGGCUAGUGAAAAAUAAAUAUCCCUGGAAACUAAGAGAAAAUGUUGAAAAAUGUUGAAAUUCUCGAAGAAGAUAACAACUCUCACUAAAAACAUUUGGUCUUCACGUUCAUUGUUUUUUCACAAAAAAAAAAAUUCUCACAAAAUCCACGUUUUCUUGCAAAAACCGUCAAUUAAUUGGGUAUAAAUAGGUUUAAAAUUAAUUGGGGUGGGUUCCAAUUUAAUAAGAUUACUACAUACUACAUGCUACUACUAGAUUGACAAUGAUAAUUAUUCCCUAACACCAAAUUGUGAUAAUUUUAUCUUUCAGAACAAAAUGCCAUUCACUUGGGACAUCAAGCGAUGAACAAUGUCGUCACUGCAACAGGAGGAGGAGUUUUCUCAUCUUAAACGAAGACAAGUACCAAUGUGUUGAAACAAAAUUUCCAAAGCGAGAGACAAUGGAGAAAGGAAAACAAAAACCAAUUUUCUUGAUUCAUUUAUAAAUAUUGAAAGAUUUGUCAGAGAGAUUCCUGAGAUUCAGUGAGUAUUAUUUCAUUUUUCAAAAAUGUUGGGUGUCUUGAUGAAGAUGAGUUUUGAGAACUUUAUAAAUUCUUCUUGUGGGUGGGUUUUGCAAUGAACUAUCUAUGAAUGUCUUGUGUCAAAUGUUCUAUCUCUUUUUAUUAAUGGUUUUAUCAUUUUUUCUGAGUAGUCAAUACUAUAAAACUAUAAAUAAAUGGAAUUUUUG